AUGGCAGCCAUACUUCAACCUUAUAUUUACCGGCCACUUCCGUCCGGACAGCACAUUCGACUACUUCAGCUCUCCGAAGCCCAAGAUCUUCAAGCAGGACUUGAAGGAAAGCUCACCACGUACGAACUAGCGAACACACCACCAUAUGAGUGUCUAUCCUAUACGUGGGGCAUUGAUCCAGCGAACUGUUCUCUGACACUGAACAACUUGGGUUUUUCUAUUCGCCAAAACCUACAAGAUGGAUUGCGACGAUUAAGGAGAUCUGACAGGGCUCACUUGUUGUGGGUAGAUGCUAUUUGUAUCGACCAACUUAAUAUUCCCGAGCGCGGCAGUCAAGUCUCAAUAAUGAGAGAUAUCUUUGCCGGAGCUGAUCAGGUUGUCAUCUGGCUCGGUGAAGAGGACGAUGAUGGAUCCACAGCUCCUGCUUUUAAAUUGAUCCCAAUUCUAGCCAAACUUGACAAGACUGAAACCUGGAAUUAUGUGGUACAAAAUGCAGAAUCUGAAGGAUCAUCGGCUGAGGAUUUGUUAAAGGAUCUGUAUUCGCUUAACAGACUUGGUUCUCGUCCUUGGUGGAAAAGAGUAUGGGUUCUGCAAGAAAUCGUUGUCGCGAAAGAAGCCAUGCUUCUUUGUGGUUCCCAGGUGCUUUCAUGGCAAGGGAUCUGCGAUCUUCAUCGAGUAUACAUGCAUUUACCGACAUCCCAUCAGCUACUCACUUCGCAGCUGGACCGAGCAUGGGCCCGAGAAUUCCCCUAUCGCCCAAUACUUAAACUGUUAGAUAAUAUAAUUUUUGACCCUUUGAGAGUCAUAUUAAGCCAUAGAAAGUGGAAGGAGAAAGGACUCACUACAACCCUGGCGAAAUUGAUGGACAUGAUGAUACACACCCGCUAUUUAGCGUCAGAUCCUAGAGACCAUAUAUAUGCCCUACUUGGAAUAGUUCAGAUGGAUUUGAAAAGUGGGAUACAACCAGACUACAACCUUUCUAUGGAGGUGCUCUAUACGUCCGUCUUCAAAUCCUGGUUAAUCAAUGAGGGCGACCUGACUUAUUUGUCUUGGCUCAGAUAUAACAAUAGUCUUCACUACAAAAACGAGACUUUUCCAACUUGGGUGCCGGAUUUCCAAAAUAGAACUAUCAAGGGCAGGUUCUCGACUAGAUGGAUCAGCAGAGCAAAACGUCGGCCAAAAUACGCACUUCUAUAUCACGCUUCUGGCUCUCAGCAGCCAUCCUCUGCUCCACAUAUCACCGCCUCCAGCUUUGAAAAUGAAAAUUGCAUAUUGAACUUAAUAGGAGUAGAAGUCGAUACGAUCGAAGAUAUCAACUCAUACAGUGGAAAUUUCAACCUCUAUAUGACGCCACCUGAGAGACUCAACAAACGAAUCGACCUUUGGCGUCCAUCAAACUUGUCGAAGUACGUGGGCUCUAGUGAGCCUAUCAAACAGGCGUUUUGGAGGACAUAUCUGAAGGACCAGACGCUACAGGGUUACCACGAAGGCAUAAGACACCGGCACCAAAUGCGUAGAUUGUCGAACAAGGAGAUGGAGGAUGAAGACUGGACCAAUUUUCACAAAGUACUAUCUAAGACAGCUGUUGUUCGAAAAAUUCGUGUAUUUUUCAUGACCAAGAAGGGUUACAUGGGCCUCGGUUAUGACACUGUUAAAGAAGGCGAUAUUGUCGCUGUGGUGAUGGGGGGUGAGGUGCCGUUAGUUCUUAGACCGGCUGGCGAUGGCCUUUUCUUGCUGAUAGGAGAAUGUUACGUUCAUGGGAUCAUGGAUGGUGAAGUCAUGAAAGGUGUUGAAAAUGGCGAAUUUGAAAAGAAACGAAUUCGAAUCAAGUGA